UUCUAUCCAUAUCACGGAGAAUUUUAUUUUACCUUUGUAGUGUAAAUGUAACAAUGUAUAGGGUUUGAUCUUUUAUUCACAUAAUUCCUUAAAUAUCUCAUGAAUUUUAUAUUUUCAAAGUACAAGGUUGUAAAUGGUCAAAUCUCGUAAAGAAUGUCCGAAGACAAACUUUCCAACCUAGAUUUGUGCUAAAGUAAAACUUUUCCCAAGAUAUAGAUAAAUGCCGUAUUUAUGGAUUAUCUGAAUAUUAUUUCUAAAAUAGAUAUAAAUGCUUAUUAAUGGGCAAUCUUAAUUUUUUGAUUGUGUCGCAGUGAGAGACUCAAGUUCGAUCAUGAAGUGUAAGCUCAUUGAAGCUGGCCUUUGGCUGUGGUGGUCAAGCUGCUUCCUUGUUCUUGAGAAGCCAUACGUGUGCUACGUCUGAUUUUGGAUCCAGGACGAACCAAAGCGAGUACUUGGUGGAUUGAAAAAGUUUCAACCCGAUCAAGAAAUGUUCUGUAGACGAGCCAAUCCUCGCACACCCAAGAAACCCAUCUAUGCUACGAAGAUUUCCAACACCCAUAGACGGAAGUUGAAGAAGCUACGUGUUUCACGGCGCUCAAAGCGUGAGAACAGAACCAAAUCUCGAUCGAGAUAUGGUCCUUCCUCGAGCAUUUCUUCAACUAUUUCAAGGAUAUGUUCGUUAUUAACUUUUAAUUAUCGCAAAAUUUUGUAAUAGUUAAUCAUUAACUGAAUAUGAUAUGAAUGGAAAUUUGUGUUAAUUUAU